GUGGGGGUGUGACUCAAUUUUUGAGUUUUGUAGAAAUGGAAAUUUCAUAGCUAGGUUGAAGGCUGCUUCUACUCCGUUUCCUCCUACCGAAGAUGAUGAAUCGCAUGGCUUUCAUCAAAUUUAGAGGUAAUUUUACCACCAACUCCUCCUUCCAUCUUCAUUCCGAAACCCCUUUCUCUUCUUUCCACUUAGCUUUACAUUCCGAUGUUUCCUCAAAUCGAUCCAUGCUUCAUAAAAUCACCAACUUGAAUGAUGCACUCAACCUGUUCGAUGAAAUGUCACAGAGAUGCCCUCUUCCAUCUGUUGUUCACUUCACUCAGUUGUUGACCGCUGUUACUAAAAUCAAACAUUUUUCUACCUCUCUUCAUCUUUUCAACCAAAUGUGUUCCCUUGGUGUCCCUGUUAAUGAAUUUUCUAUGAGCAUUGCAAUCAAGUGUUGUUGCCAGUUGUAUCGCACCAAAGACGGGUUUGCACUCCUAGGCUGUUGCUUUAGGCGAGCUAUUCCACCCAAUGUGUACAUAUAUAGUGCACUCUUAGAUGGACUCGUCCUUGAAGAUAAGAUUCUUGAAGCAGAGAUGUUAUUCAAGAAGCUCGUCAAGCAAAAACUUUGUGAACCUAAUGUUGUUAUGUAUAACACAAUGAUUAAAGGCCUUUGCAAGUUCAGUAAUAACGUUACAGCAGUUGCUUUGCUCAGGCUAAUGGAACAAAAAAACUGCAAGCCUAGUAUUGUUACAUAUAGCACCAUCAUUGAUAGUCUUUGCAAGGAUAAACUGAUUGAUGAUGCUUUCAAGCUCUUUAAAGAGAUGGUAUUUGAAAAAGGAAUUUUACCAAAUGUCAUUACCUACACCUCUUUAAUUCGUGGCCUUUGUAACUUAGGUCAUUGGGAUGAGGCCUCAAAGCUGCUAAUAGAAAUGGAGGAUGAAAAGAUUUCUCCAGAUGUGCAAACCUUUAAUGUAUUAGUUGAUGCAUUUUGCAAGGAAGGUAAAAUAGAAGAAGCUGAGGCUGUUAUCAACAUCAUGAUUGAGAGAGGUGAGGUUCCAAACAUAGUGACGUACAGUUCACUUAUUGAUGGUUACUGUCUUCGAGGUGAGAUGAUCAAAGCAAGGGAGAUUUUUGAUUCAAUGACACUUAGAGGUCUCGUUCCUAAUGUUGUUACUUACAGUAGUUUAUUGAAUGGGUAUUGCAAGAAUCUGAAUAUUGAGAAGGCUGAGCAAAUGUUUCGUGAAAUGUCCGGAAAAGGUUUAAAACCCGAUGUAGUCACUUACAACACCAUGAUACAAGGAUUUUUUCAGGUUGGGCGUUGUGUAGAUGCACACAAACUCUUUGAUGAGAUGUAUGCACAAGGCCAAAUUCCAAAUGAAUGCACUUAUCGAAUAGUUUUAGAGGGCCUUUGCAAAAAUCGUCAAGUAGAAGAAGCUCUCUCUUUGUUUCAUUUGGUAGGUGAUAGCAAGCUUAAUUCUGAUAUUGCUAUGUACAAUAUCCUCAUCAAUGGUGCAGGAAAAUAUGGGAAAGUGGAUAUUGCAAAGAAUCUUUUCCAUGACCUAAUUGAUAAAGGCUUGCAACCUGAUGUUCAUACCUAUACUGUGAUGAUUAGUGGUUUUUGUAGGGAAGGUGUAUUGGCGGAAGCAAGGUCGUUGUUUCUUAAAAUGGAAGAGAGUGGCUGCCCACCAAAUAAUGUUACUUACAGUGUUUUUCUCCAAGGAUGUUUAAAGAAUAAGCACUAUGAUGAUGUAGAGAUGCUUUUACAGGAAAUGGAUGAUAGAGGUUACUCACUUGAUGCUUCGACUUUAUCGUUAUUUAUAGAUCAUAUCGCAGCUGGUUUACUAGAUAGAAGUAUGCUUAAGUUGUUCGGUAAGCUUGUGCCAAAAGAAUUAUUGAACGAUCCUAGCUUGUGCGACUGGGAGUGAAACUGAGAUGGUAAUUGUGGGAUGAGAAAUGCAGAUAAUAACUUACAAAAUGUAGAAAGCAGGAAAUCUCUACCAAAUUCUAUUUGGUUGUUAUGUGUGGUUUUACAUGUGUGUGGUCACUAGACAUUGUCCAUUUAAUGAAUUCACAACGCUUAUACAUUUUUCAAGAACUUGUUUAACCGUAUCCCCCAACCUGACCCCACAUAGUAAAUGAAAAUGAAGAUUUGAGAUCACAAAAGCACAGCAAAGGCCACUUAUGGAAUGGCAAAGGGGGAUGUUUGAACCUUGCCAUUGGUGAUGCUUUUCAUUCAUGGUUCUUUUUUUGUUUUACAUUGUUUCUGUUUCUUGGUUAGGUGUUUGAUUUGUUUAUUUUUGUUGAAAAGUUAGUAUGAGGUUGGUUAUAUAUACGUCUGGAAAGAAGGUGAUGAUUGUAUCAUAGUGCCAGAGUGGAGGUCAUCUGUGUUUAUGUACAAUGCAACAUUUGUGUGAAAGGUAAAAGACCAAAAAACUUCAUUUGCC